ACAGCGCGUCGUGGACAAAGGAAAGAUGGGUGCACUGGAGAGGAUUCACCUCCGACGGGUCACACAAUGGAAGAGCCGCUUCUGUUCCGGUCACCGGGAGAACAAUUAGCCCACCUUAAUGAGGUGCUGGGACCUGAGAUACUGCAAGCUGAAAAGGCGGAAGGCUGCGUUUAAUCCGUCUGCGGAUCCUUUGUGCUUGCGAUGGCUGUGGCGGGGAUAUGCAAGUGGAUAGGGAAUAAUUAUGUGCCUUUUUAUUUUGUGAUAUUUUUCUUAUUUUGUGGCCUUUCCUUUGGACAGUUGCGGUAUUCUGUUACAGAAGAAUUAGAAAAUGGGGCACUGGUCGGUGAUCUGGCGCAUGACUUGGGACUGGAUAUUCGAAAGCUGACCACCCGUAAAAUUAAGAUAACCUCCAACAGCGGCAAACGCUACGUGAUUGUCAACCCCAAAAAUGGCAAACUGUUGGUCAAUGAGAGGAUCGACAGGGAGGCUCUGUGCGAUUUGUCCAACAGCUGCCUCAUUAAUCUGGAGGUGCUGGUGGAGAACCCCACUGAGGUGCACCACGUCGAGGUGGAGAUAGUGGAUGUCAACGAUAAUGCACCGCAGUUCCCCAGAGAGGAGUAUCAACUAGAAAUCACAGAAUCGGCUUUACCAGGGUCCAGGUACCCGAUUGAAAAUGCUCAGGAUGCGGACAUCGGGUCCAGUUCCAUUCGUAUUUAUCAGCUGAGCACAAAUGACCAUUUUGCGCUGGUGUCCAACAAACCCGCCAUAAACACAAAGCACAUCGAGCUUGUUCUCAAAAAGCCGCUUGAUCGCGAGCAGACGCCUUACCACCAGUUAAUUCUAAGUGCUGUGGAUGGUGGGACACCUGAGAAGACAGGAACAGCUAAAAUCAACGUGAGGGUCCUGGACUCUAAUGACAAUGUCCCGUUGUUUGACAAUUCGGUGUACAAGGUGAAACUGUUGGAAAAUUCUCCCAAAGACAGCCUCGUAAUCAAGCUGAAUGCAACUGAUCUGGAUGAGGGCACCAAUGGAGAGGUUUACUACUCCUUCAGCAGCUAUACUCCAGAGAGGGUCCGGCAGAUGUUCUCCAUGGACACUAACACAGGAGAGAUAAGGGUGAGGAACAAUGUUGACUAUGAAGAGACCAACUCUUAUGAGAUGUACAUCCAGGCGAUGGAUAAGGGACCUGGAGCUGUGGCAGCACACUGCAAGGUGGUGGUAGAGGUGGUGGACGUGAAUGACAAUGUCCCUCAGAUUGUCCUGUCAUCUCUGUCCAGCCCCGUGAGGGAAGACGCCCGUGCCGACACUGUCGUGGCCCUCAUUAGUGUCACCGAUCGUGACUCUGGAGCAAACAAGCAGGUGAGCUUGGAGAUCCCAGCAGGCCUUCCUUUCAAGAUCAAGUCAUUCAGAAAUUACUACACCCUAGUUACCUCAGCCUUCCUGGACCGCGAGACCACUGAUGCCUAUAAUGUCACUCUCAGUGCCACAGAUGGAGGGAAUCCACCCCUUUCCUCCCAGAAGACCAUACAGGUCGAUGUUGCUGACGUUAAUGACAACCCACCACGCUUUGAGCAAACUUCAUAUACUGUCUACGUGGCUGAGAACAAUGCCCCUGGGGCCUCUUUGUGCACUGUGAAAGCUCAAGAUGCAGAUAUCAAAGAGAACGCACGCAUCACCUACACGGUGCUCAAUGACAACAACCACGGCAUUCCUGUCACCUCGUAUGUGUCUGUGAAGGCUGAUACAGGCGAGGCGUAUGCCCUGCGAGCCUUUGACUAUGAGUCAUUGAGAGAGUUCCACUUCCAGGUCAAAGCCCAAGAUGGGGGCAUUCCUCCGCUCAGCCGCGUCGCCACUGUCUACAUUUACAUAAUGGAUCAGAAUGACCAUGCGCCAUUGAUCGUCAGCCCUCCAGGAAACGGCACUCGCUCCUUGGAGACAGUACAAAAGAAUGCAGAGCCUGGUGCCUUGGUCACCAAAGUGGUGGCAUAUGAUGCAGACACUGGUCCAAAUGCCUGGAUGGUGUACAUGCUGGAGACGGCCACCGACCUGGACCUGUUCAAGGUGCAUGAGCACACAGGGGAGAUCAGAACCACACGCAGGAUCCUGGAGGAUAAUUCCACCUCCUUCGCUCUAACAGUUGUGGUGAAAGACCACGGACAGCCUUCUCUUUCCUCCACCGCCACCAUCAAUGUGGCUGUCAUGGAGGUGCCACCCAAGGUGAAUCUCGAUCCCAAGAGAAUCAUGCGACCUCACAGCGCCUUGGUUUUCUCCAACGUAACUCUCUACCUGAUCGUGGCUUUGAGUGCCACUACCUUUGUAUUCUUGGUCACCGUUGUGGUGCUGGCCAUCGUGCGCUGCCACGCCUACUGCUCCCAGCCUGGCUCCUGCUCCACUUGUUGCAUGUCACAGAAGCCCCCGCCAGAUGGCGGGAGCAGUAGCAUAAGUGGUGGUGCUGGGGGUGCCAGCGGUGCAGCUGGGGCUCAACCAAAUAACAAUGUGGUGCUUCGGAGAGACCUUAAAGUGGAGCCUCAUUACAUUGAAGUUCGUGGGAAUGGCUCGCUUACAAAGACGUAUUGCUACAAGACCUGCCUGACAGCCACCUCGGGCAGUGACACUUUCAUGUUCUACAACACUGGACGGCCCAUCAGCGGCACCUGGGGCAGCGGUGCCGAGCGUUUCUUCACAAGCGGAAGUGGAUUUGUACGAAGACUGAGUAUGCCCGAUGCCUCAGUGCAACUGUGCCCAGAGCCAAAAGCCCCAAAUGCUGACUGGCGAUAUUCUGCAUCUUUGAGGGCAGGGAUGCAGAGUGCAGUCCACAUGGAGGAAUCAUCUGCUGUGAUGCAAGGAGCCCAGGGGAUGCUGGUCCAGAACUGGCCCACUGUAUCCAGCGCUGCAGAUGGUGAGGGUGGUGGAGAACUAUCACCCCCAGUGGGCGCUGGAGUGAACAGCAACAGCUGGCACUUCAGAUAUGGUGCCGGUCCGGGCUAUGGCCCCCCUCAGCCCCUGAAGCCUGGCGAGAUUCCUCCUGAAGCCUUUAUCAUCCCUGGAUCUCCCGCAAUCAUCUCCAUCCGCCAUGAUGCAGGCCCCGUGGAUGACAAAGGUGACUUCAUAAGCUUUGGCAAGAAGGAAGAUGCUAAGAAGAAGAAAAAGAAGAAGGAAAAGAAAGACAAGAAGGAAAAAGGAAAGGAUGACGGAGAGGAAGAGUAAAGGAUAAAGUGUGGUUUGAAAACAAAGCUACCAAUAAACCACUGAUGACAGAGCCAGAAAUAAAGCCAAAUACAUAUUUUAGAAAUGAUAUUUGCAUAAGCACUGUACAGUGGCCAAAGCCUUAUUAAACCAGGCUUGGCUCUCACAUGGUAAACAGACAUACUUUAUCUUUAUUUGGCCUGUUUUUUUUUUUCCUGAAAAAUAAAGUCUAAGGCUUUAAAUGCUCUUAGUCACUAGAAAUCAUCUGGAAUAAAAAGUUGGAUGAAACUGAUCUAACAAAAAGCAUUUUAUUGGAUUACAUUUGACUUUGUGUAACUUAACAUACCCAUAAUUUGUAUAAGAAAAUAAUAAAACUCCUAUUAAGGGGUAUUUUAAUGUAUGAGCUGAAGCUGCCUAUGUUGGCAUCUCUGUCUUUAUGCAGCCACCUUCCUUUUUGACUCAACUAGCUGGAGACAAACUUAAAAUGUGAAACAGAGCCUUUUUUGUUUGAAAGAGGCCUUCUUGAAUUUAAGAAAAUGUGGUCUUUUGUACAAAACAUGAAGUCUAACAACUGAUAUACAUACCAUCUUCUUUCUGAAGAUGAAUUGUCUGAAACGAACAGAACCACAUAACAAAAGCUCUGUUUCAGUGUAACAUAGCACAGUGCAGAGGUCGAGGACCUGGACUGGGUUGCAUCAACUAUGCGCAAGUUUGUUCCAAGGUUAUAGCAGAAAGUAGUGGCUUUACAUCUACUGCUUCAUGGACAGUUACAAAGUUACCAAAUUCUACUUGGGUAAUGAAGAGGCAUCCAAGUUAGUGAUUAUAUUGCCUAUAAGAUAGUAGCCAAUCAGUGAUGUGAACUUUUGAAUGAGGACUAGAUUGGCAUUAUAAUUAAGAUUCAUAAAUGCAACCCAUAUUUGAUGCUUAAAGGGCCAUACUGUUCUGCAUGUUUUAGUUCUUUGUCUAAGAACAUGGAUAUGAAACAUUAACCAUAUCCGAAAGCAUGUUAAUAUCAUUUUUGGAUGAAUUUUUCCUACCUUGUUGAGAUCAUUUCUGCCAUUUGGUUAUGUAGCCAUGGUGCAGUUUGGUUUGAAAACUGCACUGUAAUUACCAUGACAAUGAAAUGUGGC